GUUCCCAGACUGCGACGAGCCCUACCCCCGCCCCGUGGACCUGCUGUCCGGCUCGGACGCGACCGAGUCCCCCGUCUCCGUCCAGAGGGACUACGGCUUCUGGUGUCCCCGCGAGCUCAAGAUCAGCCCCGAGCUCGGUUACUCCUUCAUGGGGGUGCGCGACUGCUCUCCUCCGUGUCCCAACAUGUACUUCACACGUGAAGAGCUGACGUUCGCCCGCUACUUCAUCGGAGUCGUGUCCAUCGUCUGCCUCUCUGCCACGCUCUUCACCUUCCUGACGUUCCUCAUCGACGUGUCGCGAUUCCGCUACCCGGAGCGCCCGAUCAUAUUUUACGCCGUGUGCUACAUGAUGGUAUCGCUGGUGUUCUUCCUGGGCUUCCUGCUGGAGGACAAAGUUUCCUGUAACGCAGCGAGUCCUGGGAGGUUCAGGGCGUCGACGGUGACUCAGGGCUCCCAUAAUAAGGCCUGCACGCUUCUCUUCAUGGUGCUCUACUUCUUCACCGUGGCCGGCAGCGUGUGGUGGGUCAUUUUAACCAUCACCUGGUUCCUCGCUGCUGUUCCUAAGUGGGGCAGUGAGGCUAUAGAGAAGAAGGCCCUGCUGUUCCACGCCUGCGCCUGGGGCAUCCCCGGCGUCCUCACGGUGACUCUGCUCGCCAUGAACAAGAUCGAGGGAGACGGCAUCAGUGGCGUUUGCUUCGUCGGGCUCUACAACUUAACAGCCCUGCGCUGGUUCCUGCUGGCGCCGCUGGGACUGGAUGUAGUGGUGGGCGUGGUCCUGCUGCUGGCAGGUAUCGCUGCUCUUAACAGAGUCCGCAUGGAGAUCCCGCUGGAGAAGGAGAACCAGGAAAAGCUGGUGAAGUUCAUGAUUCGUAUCGGCGUGUUCUCCGUGCUCUACCUGGUUCCACUGCUGACCGUCCUGAGCUGCUACCUUUAUGAGAGCAGCUACAGGCCCGUCUGGGAGACCACCUGGGUCCAGGAGACGUGCAGAGACUACCACAUCCCCUGUCCCUACCAGGUGGAGCAGACCAGUCACCCCGACCUGGUGUUGUUCCUCAUAAAGUACCUGAUGAUGCUGAUUGUGGGAAUCCCCUCGGUGUUCUGGGUGGGCAGUAAGAAGACCUGCUUCGAGUGGGCCAGUUUCUUCCACGGCAAGAGACGUAAAGACAGGAUGGUCAACGACAGCCGACAGGUGCUGCAGGAGCCCGACUUCACCCAGCUGCUCCUCAGGGAUCCCAACACCCCCAUUGUGAGGAAGUCACGGGGCACAUCCACGCAAGGCACCUCCACCCACGCCUCCUCCACCCACCUGGCCAUGCUGGACGAGCCGCCGAGCGCCAGCACCAGCCGAGCCGGCUCCGUGCGCAGCGCCCGCUCCAAGAUGAGCAGCUACCACGGCAGCCUGCACCGCUCGCGAGACGGCAGAUAUACGGCCUCCAGUUUCAAAGCGGCGGACGAGCGGCUGCCAUACGGGAGCCUGCCUCGUCUAAACCACCAAUCGCAGUCCAGGCACUGCAGCACCAAUCACCUCGACAGCCUGUCGCGGCACGGCUCCGCCCACAGGCUUGAGAGCCAGUCGCGCCACAGCAGCAUCAGGGACCUGAGCAGCGGGGCCACGGCGGUUCUCGGUGUGCCCAGAAACGGGAUCCACAGAGUCCUGGAGGAGGAUGGAGCGACCGCCUGAAGGGGCGGAGUCUGAGGAGGAGCAUGUCGACGAGCAGCCACUGUGAUAGGUCUGGUUACAGAGGGGGGGGGCACGGGACAGAAAUCUUUGCCUUAAACAUCCUCACAGCUUUAUGACGCAGCCUCCAGUGUGAAUCUUUUUAAACUCCACCCAGUCGGGGAACGCCGCCGCCGCCGUUGGACCCAAAUGACUGAGCCAGACAACUAAACGUGACCGACUGCACGACGCGGCUUUCUUUGUAUAAAAGGACUUUGAUAACGAGAUAUUUGGAGCUCCGUCCUCUAGUCUUUAGUGUUUGGGAGGUUUUUGGGGUGGGGGCGGGGCUUAGAUUUCAUUACCCUUGUUCCAUGUUUUCUUCUAUUUAUGAGGGGCAGCCAAUCAGGAGAACUGAAGCGACUGGUUUCAGUGAGAGGAUGAAAUGACUGAAAGUUCUCAGAUCCUCCACAGCUUUUAUAUCUCUGCUGAAUCUGAACCUGCUGCUCUGCACACGAAGGCGUUUUAAGUCUGCUGAACUUUCUAGAAGCUUCGCCGCAUUUUAAAAGCUGGAUUUUAGUGAGUUUUUAUUGCACAUGUGCAGUAACGUUUGCAACGAUACAAGGAAAUCAUGUCAGUCUGUGCUUUGCUGUUUUAAACCCAAGGGCUGAAAUCCAGAGUAUACAUGCUGAAUCCAAACUCCUGCCUUAUGACGAAGAGAACAAACCCAACAGAUUUAAUGACCUCGAGCAGAUCACCAGCGACCUUCAUGGAGCUGCACGGACAAAGCUUACCUUCCCUUUCCGUCCGAACACGUUCGCUUUGAGCAGAUUUCUUGUUUGCAAACGUGUCCUUACUAAGGUUAGAGCAACGUUUCCUCCAGAGGCAAAACAUGUUCAUAGAUGUAAAAAGUGAAUUCCUGUUGGUGAUUUGUAAUAAAGUUUCAAAGAAAUCA